AUGGCCACUCUCCCUCUGGAAGCCAUUUUCGAAAGGUUUCUCGACACCUAUGACAAUAGCUCGUUCUGCAGAUGUGCUAACCCUAGACCAAUAUCCCGCAGGAAGGCCUCAGAAGUAAGCACCGAAUGUCUGCCUAUGUUCACGCGGACAAAUUGCAUUCCAGACGAUUCUCUUUAUGUUUCCAAAUCAAUCAGAAGUAAUUCUCACUCUUCAAAUCAAUUGUUCAAACCUGAGGAUCACACUGCUCCAGCGUUAGACUCAACCGCAGAGCUUUUCGCUGAUCCCGACGUAAAUUUGAAUGACAUUACGGUUGUUUUUUGUGAGGAACCCGAGGAUAAAUUGUCUCGUAAAUCAUCCGUCAGCAAUCUGCUUUGCCAUCGUCGUUCGCUUUGCCGCAGACGCUCAUCAUUCUGUAGCACACUCAUGCGGGCCAUGUCUAAUAACUCAGAGAUCCCAUUGGUGUCCGAGACACCAAAACCACAGCUGCCUUGUAUUGAGAAUGACUCAGAGAAGGUUAUCAAUUUUUAUUCUUUUGCAGAUGCUGUUGGUGGCGAGUUCGGCUUGGAAUCUUUCAAUAUUCUCAAAGGAAGCGACGUGCUCCAUGCUAUCAGUGAUACAGAUGAUGAUGAAGAGGUAGAAGAUGGAGUAUCUUCUUUGAGACUCAACAUAUGA